AUGGCACCAAAAUUUUGUCCACUGAAACUCUACUCAGUGGAACUCCCCAAGAGGAAGGACUGGUCAGACAGUCAAAUUAAGUGGAAAGAAGGAAGCCUGAGGUGGUACACUGAUGGCUCCAAAUCCGAAUCUGAAGUAGGCUGCGGAAUAUAUGCGCCUAGGAAAGGCAUCAGCUUAAACCUAGGACGAUACUGCUCCAUAUUCCAAGCAGAAGUAUACGCCAUUCUAGAAUGUGUGUCGAUCAACCUGCAAUGCAACUACGGCAACCAUACAAUCUACAUCCAUUCGGAUAGCCAGGCGGCACUCUUAGCCCUAACCUCUGAUGUCACCACAUCGAGGCUGGUUGAGAGCUGCAGGCAACUAUUGAACAACCUUGAAACCAGGAACAAGGUUGUUCUACGUUGGGUCCCGGGGCAUGCGGGUACCGCUGGAAACGAAAAGGCCGACGAACUCGCGCGAGCAGGGGCUAAGGGGAAGAACCACAGUCCUGAGCCGUUUUGUGGCAUCCUCAAAAGCCUAACGCGGCCCACCCUAAAGACCUACUGUCACUACAAAACCAUUCAGCUCUGGAGAGAAACGACAGGCUUGAACCAUUCCAAAGCGCUCAUCAAGGGCUUCAGCAAAAAGGCGUCCUUGAAUGCCUUAGCGCUGUCUAGGAACCAACUGCGCAACUUGGUAAGGGUGCUUACUGAGGACUGUGGCCUAAAUAAGCACAUGUACACUAUGGGAAAACGUGACAUGGGGCGGUGCAGACUCUGUAUGGAGGCAGAGGAGACGCCCUUGCACAUUCUCGCAGAGUGCUCUUGCCUAAUGCGCACUCGUGACUCAACCCUGGGCAGACACAUAUUACGCCCGGAGGAGUCAAGGUCUCUCGAGAUCAAAAAGAUCCUGCAGCUGUUUGAAGUUUCAGGCUUGGAUCAAGAGCUGUAG